AUGAGCUUUUGGUCCCGCUGGUUCCGUAUCGGCACCAACGAGGACGUGGCCCUCGCCCGGCUGCUCCCUUCCGUCCCCAAGCCGGUCGGCUACCUCAAGACCCGCCAAAUCGUCCGGUUCUUCCCCGAGGUCAUGCGGGAUCCCGACUUCCAGGACGCCGCCAUCGACGACCCGGAUAACACGUACUGCCUCCUCGAGCUGUUUCUGGGCAGAGACGCCGCCAACAACCCCAAGGUCCGGCGCGUCGGCAACCGGCCCCUGGGCCUCAAGGAGAUUCACGGCGAAAUCGGCGUCGAGGGCUCCGUCCGCCUCGCCGAGACCAUGGGCCUCACUCUCGCCGUGCUUCACUGGGGCCUCUUGCUCGACGGCCACGACAUCCGCUUCGCCAUCGGGGCCCGCCUGUUCCCCACCCACCGCGCCGUGUACCUCACGCGCCUCAGUAAGAUGCGCAAGAUCCGUCCCGGUAUCCAAGACAUCCGCAGCUGCCUCGUGCCCGCGUUCAACGCCAACAGGUCGUUUCCUCGGCCCAGCCUCACCGGCUUCGCGGGCAAGAUGUGGCGCGUCUUUCGAAAAGUCUACCUCGACGUCUCCCUGUACAUCAUCCACCACGACAAGAAGCAGCAGCUGAUUUUCGAACGCCGAACGCGCUGGGUCCUCCCCAUUGCCUUUAUCCGGCACCUCGACUUUACCAUCUACCCCCAGCCAAAGGGCAGCGACCCAGGCGUCGCUAUGCCGAGUGGGCCCUACCUGCCUGGCCCGUACGACGCAUGGCGCGAGCGCAAGGACACCCUCAUGGACAAGGCCGUGAAGGAGACCGACGCGCAGGCGGACGAAGCCCCUGCCCCCGAGGAAGUCGUUCCGCGGAGGUGGGGAGCCCGAUGGCGCUGUGGUGCCAACGGCCAGGGCGACGCCCCCGAUGACAUGGACUUUAUUCUUCCUAAACCCAGCCUUGGGCCCGCUCCACCCAGCCCCGGCAAGGUCGAUAAAGGCAAGGGUAAGGAAGUGGUCAAGAAUGACCAGCCUCAGGGCCUAGACGAUAGCUGCAUGGGCAACGCGGUCCUCAGCGCCAUUCUGGAUGGCCCCAAGAUCGGGCCGCUCGGUGAGGACGGCAGGCUGGCGUUUGUCGAUAUCUAA